GCUACGCCAGCGGUCGUGUUGGAGGGGGUGGAUCGCUCGCUCGUUCGAAUUUCGAAUUUGACGAUCGUCGAUUAUUUAUUCUUGAUACUUUAAUUUUUUUUUAAUCUUUAAGAUCCAAAAACUUUUUUACUGCGGGACAGUUAUGAUGAGAAAUUAAAAAGUGUAGGAUAAAGUGUGAAUUGUAACGUAACAGUAUUUACAGGUUGUCUGUCAACGCUUAAACGAACUCCAUCAUCGCGAAGUUUCCAACCGUCCCCGGUAGAUUGAUAAGAACUUUCCAGUCAAAAGUUCGCGUUCACAAAGUUGUCCUAAACUUUGCACGUCCCCAACUUUACCGAAACAAUUCUAAGAAAGCCGCAGGGAUUCGAGUCUAAUUAAAUUCUUGUAAACAAAAAGUAAAAACCAUCGUUUUGCUGUGCAGUCAAGUGCAAUGUUUAUACUGUGAAGCAGUGUAGUGACAUUAUCAAAAUGGCUGCGGCCAUGAUAAAGGACCGUGGACUGCGUAAAAAAUUAACCCAAGAAGCUAUACCAGAAAAAACACCCAAAAAGCCAUCUAAACGCAAAUCGACACCCAGUAGCUCGAAAAACGACAAGAAAAACGAGCAAAACAACAAUAAAAGACCCAAGAUCCAGACGGGCGACCCGAAACUUGAUUUGUUUUCGACUUACCAGCCGUGGGUCAUUCAAACUUAUGGUGACUUGGCCAAAACAAAAACAAUCACUUUAAAAAAAUACGCCAGGAUUCUUAGAACUCUCCGCGGAGAGGAGUGCAACAGUUCUGACAGUUCCAAGUUCCGGUUUUGGGUUAAAGCGAAGGGGUUUCAUGUUGGGAAGCCUCCCGGAUAUGAUGCGAAGCCGGCCGACAGCAUUGUAUGCAGAUACAGCGUCGCUGAUGCUGAAGGAUGUACUAGGGGCACAGAAGGCCAGGAAGUAUACAGUGGCUCUCAAAAUGAUCCGCCACUUUACAUCCCGACUCCACCUUUAAAGAAUGCGCCUAAUCAAGAACCUGUCUACAGAAAAGUAGCAGUUGUUGAAAAUUUCUUCGAUAUAAUCUAUACAGUUCAUGUGGAACUUGAAGGAAGACCGGGAAAACAUGCAGGACAAAAACGCACAUAUCGAACUAUAACGGAAACAUACGCAUUCCUUCCCCGGGAAGCCGUCACCAGAUUCCUGACAGGAUGCGCAGAAUGUGCUCGUCGGCCUCGAAGUGCGUCUCCACCUCCCCUCCCAACGCCCUCACCAUCUCCGACCCGACAUCCCCCUUACCUUCCAUUCCUUCCCCACUGCCCUCCCGACUACGCCAGAAACUGGGAAUCCGAAAUAGAUGCCGCACAAAACUAUUCCUUCGAGCCGAAAUAUGACUAUACGGAUCUCCAACCAUUGAAAAAAGUUGACAGUCCGCGCCCUACAGACGCAGAGGAUGAACCAACAUAUAUCGAGUUAACUCCAAAGAAAGCAGAGUACUCCUCUACGAUAUUUGAACGGAGUCCGUCAAUCGAGCCUUUAGAAUCAGAACCCAUACCAGCCGUUGACAUUGAAAAGGACGACAGCUUGAUCGACGUCGAAGACGUUAGAGCUGACAGUCCCCUACAAAAAGAGGAUGAGAGCGAGAGGGAGGAAGUUAAGAAGUACAAUCCGUUAGACGUGGCUAAUUUGACAUCUAAAGAUCCGCCUAAAUCGUCUCCGCCGAGGAAGAAACUUUUGCCGUCUACUUCAGACUUUGGCAGAGUUCCAAAGCCGUGGAGGCCUGGAGGCUUGUAUUAUAGCGACGAUGUUGACUACAGUGUGCCGAUUACGACAGCAUAUUUGAAGCAUAUGAAGAAUGUUGCUUAUCAAGAGCGCUUGGAUGGUGAAAAUAAGGACAAUCUAACACCAGAGCCAAUAGAUAUGAACGACGAAGAUAACUUCUCCAGUCAAGGCUACGCGAAAGAUGCUGAGAAGUUGAAAAUGAUGUUGCUAGCUUGGAAUUACAACGGUCAAACAGGCAGGAACGGAGACUUACCAGAAACUGGUACGGACAGUAGUAUGGCUGACCUGUGGGCUUCCUACCACAGCGCGUUGGGGCUUGGGACCAAACCGCCUAAGCCGUCCACGCCUCUCACAACCGGACACUCGAGUCCAAUCCACAUUGGUUCAACACCAGUGGAGCCAGUAUCAACGCACGACGAGACUUCAUCAUCCGACAGAACCAAGGACGAUGAUGAUGGAGGAGCCUCUGAUGAUGACAGCGAUGAUCGUGUCGAUCCCCAACAUCAUGAUCCUGAGCGGUUAAAGGCGUUUAAUAUGUUCGUUCGCCUUUUCGUCGACGAAAACCUCGAUAGGAUAGUUCCUAUUUCAAAGCAGCCUAAAGAGAAGAUACAGGCCAUCAUAGAUUCGUGUACCAGGCAGUUCCCGGAAUUCGCUGAGCGCGCCCGCAAGAGAAUCAGAACUUACUUGAAGAGCUGCAGGCGUAACAAGAAGGUUCGAGGAGAUGGACCGGCUACAGGCAAUGGCGGGAACACUCCAUCAGGCAACGCCUGGGACACAGCGGUGCGUCCGACUCCCGCGCACUUAACGUCUGUACAAGCUGAACAUAUCUUGGCGCAGGCGUGUGAGAACGAGAGCCUCAACGCGAAGCGGAUGCGGCUUGGCCUGGAUCCAGUCAGCCAGCCCAUGCCGACCGUGCCUACUCCUAUGGCCAUAGACACGACGGCGACAUCAUCAUUCCUGAACCUGUACAGCGGUGCAAUCAGCAGCCCAGCAUCCACCACCACUACCACAGCCCCAGGACACAGCAAGGCUGCAGCGGACACCACCAGGCCCUCAAACAGUCCCACCAUGGAACCACUGCUGAACAACAACAGCUUGAAGCUUGACAAUGCGAAUGGCAACACUGGCAGUAAGACUGCUAGUUAUUUAAAUUCCAGUCCAGCUUCUUCGCCAGCGCCGCUGUUUAGACCAUCUUUCCCAUCCACUUUUGGCAACCCACCGUCAUUUGGCAGACAAAACUCAUCGACAAGCCAAUCUUCGGCGCUGUCAAAUACAGCAUUACUGUCAACUCUUACAGCUUUGCCACCAACUGGUGUCGGAGUUAACGCGGCAAUGGCUGCGUAUCAGAGCGCGCUGUUAUCCGCAAUGGCUGCGCACACGCACACAUUUCCCAAUAUAGCUGCUCCAACAGAUCUGUCACUCAAGACAUCGACUACAACUCUCCAUUCCUCAUCCACGCCAUCCAUAACAGGAACCAGCUCACAAAAAUCUCUAUUGUCUCACAAACUCUCUGGUUCCGAAGUAGGCGCCGUUCGGCAAUUGAUCACCGGAUAUCGUGAGUCCGCAGCAUUCCUGCUCCGAUCUGCUGACGAGCUGGAAACUCUACUUUUGAACCAGCCCUAGGGAAUGUCGAAUUACCUCGGAUUCAAAUUCGGGUACUUUUGAACUUGUCAAUUCGACAGCUGACAGGUGCCAGUUUUAUAUUCUCGAGUUAUAAAGACAAAAAAUUCAAAACAAAGAUAUUUCGAAUACAAUUUGAAUUUUAAAAUUCGAUUUUGGAACACUUGGAAAGAUUAAACGGGAUUUGUUUAAUAGUGUUAAACGCAAACGUCAUAUAGCCUCCUUGGCACAGAACCUCAUUUUAUGGAACUUGACAAUUUAGUUUGACAUUUGACUCAUUAAAGUAUUGUAUAAAUGUUUUCGGUGAAGUACCUCAUAAAAUAUCUCGUCCUACGCGUGACCUGAAGGUCACAAUUAAUUGUAAUAAGGAUUGCUACGCUUUUAAAUAUUUCAAUGCUACCAACCUUGCUACUAUCUGAAAGUUUAUCAAUUUGACUAUUAGGAUUACGAGUUACAAGGAGCUUAGACAAAAAUUACUUUACGCUAUAAAACGUUUAGUGGCGUCACGUGACCAUUUCUAUAGUCACUCAUUGCAGAGUAUUUUUGUCUAUGCCCUAGUCCAUCUGGCGAAGAAGUUGCCAUAAAGUGUUGCCAUUUAAAACUCGUUUCGAAGAGUACAAAAUUAUUUUGUGUAUAUUUAGAAUUAAGAAAAAAUCAGGGAGUUUUUAGCGUAAGGAAAUUUGGAUUUCUUGCCUGGUGCGUUAGUUUAGGACAAAUUGGCUGAUUACCUCCACUCAAACCUUUCGAUACAUGGCAUAGAGUAUAGCAGAGUUUACAAUUUAUGGCAUUCUAGGUGUAAGGAGCACGAAUUUAUUUGUUGUUUUGUAUUAUAUUUAUAGUUCUCUAGUUGUAUUUAUAUUCGAUUAAUAUAUUCUUAUAAGUUUUUCAUUUACUGUCAAGAUUGCUCCAUCCAAAAUGUCUUUGGCGCGGCAACACUUAUACAUUUCUGUUGAUUUGUCCACAGAUAAUAAAUUUCCUUUAUUCUAGCUUCUUACAGACUAUAAACAUCUAUAGUCAUUUUAAUGUGGUAUGCGAUCCUAAAAAAACCUAUAGCUAUUAAUUGAAACAAAAAAAUGUUUAGACCCGUAAAGCACAAGUCUGUUACAAUUGUCAAACGCGUCAAACUUCAAAAAGGUUUGACAGCUGCUAAAACAAGAUUUUAUCGUGUGACGUUUUAGAUUCCGGGCCUUCGUCCUUUGAUGAAGUUAAAGGUUUUAUCGAAAAGUUAAAACAAGUG